CUGGGCAGUUCUUCCCAGUAUCAUAAAUCAUUGAUGUAAAGAAACAAAAUCAAAAAAACAUUUCUUUCCUUUACAGGAAACAUGAACCUUGAAGAGUAUUUUGCGAGAACUGGUUAUAACGGUUCCCUUGAAAAACAAGAUUUGGAAACCUUAACUGAUAUAUUCCAGCACCACAUCCGCGCUGUUCCAUUUGAAAACCUCAGCAUCCACUGCGGGGAGAAAAUUACUUUGGAGCUGGAGCACGUUUAUAACAAAAUUGUGAGGAAGAAGCGUGGCGGCUGGUGCAUGGAAAACAACCAGCUCUUGGGCUGGGUCCUGAAGAGCCUGGGAUAUGAUGCCAGUUUUCUGGGAGCAUAUGUAUUCAAUCCACACCAAAACACGUAUGCCAACAUCAUGACCCACCUGCUCGUAAAGGUAGUGAUUGAUGGCAAGGCCUAUAUUGUUGACGGAGGCUUUGGUGUGUCCUACCAGAUGUGGCAGCCGAUGGAGCUCAUGUCUGGGAAAGACCAGCCCCAGGCUCCUGGCGUCUUUCGCUUCACGGAAAAAAACGCCAUCUGGUACCUGGAAAAAGUGCGACGGAAACAAUAUAUCCCCGAUCAACAUUUCUCUAGUUCCGACCUUUUAGAGAAAAAAGAGUGUCGGAAGGUUUAUAUGUUCAGUCUUGAGCCACGGACGGUGGAAGAUUUCCGUUUCCAGUGCACGUACCUUCAGACGUCUCCCGACUCCCUGUUCACAAGGAAGUCCAUCUGCACCCUCCAGACCACUGAGGGCUUCCGAGCGCUAAUUGGGUGGACACUCACUGAGACCACGUACAAUUACAAGGAAAAUACGGAUCUGGUGGAAUUCGUAAUGCUUGAGGACGAAGAGGUGGAAAAGACACUGAAAGAGAAAUUCAAUGUAACUCUAGAUAAAAAGCUUGUGCCAAUUAAUGUCAAAGGAUAUUACACAAUUUAGAUUACUGGAAAAAACCU